AAAACGCUGUCAAACAUUGAUGUAAUCAUGGUAGACGAAGCCACGAAACGAACUCUUGCACAAAUUCCUCUUUUAAAGACAAAGGCUGGACCAAGAGAUGGAGAAUUGUGGGUGACUAGAUUAAAAGAAGAAUACCAAAGUCUGAUCAAGUAUGUCCAGAACAACAAAGAAUCAGACAAUGAUUGGUUCCGUUUGGAGUCGAAUAAGGAAGGAACUCGCUGGUUUGGAAAGUGUUGGUAUAUCCAUGAACUCCUCAAGUAUGAAUUUGAUGUAGAGUUUGAUAUUCCAAUUACUUAUCCAACAACAGCUAUUGAGAUAGCUCUUCCAGAGCUGGAUGGUAAAACAGCAAAAAUGUAUAGAGGGGGAAAGAUCUGUCUUACUGACCACUUCAAACCAUUGUGGGCAAGAAAUGUUCCAAAAUUUGGUAUUGCUCAUGCAAUGGCAUUAGGGUUGGGUCCAUGGUUAGCUGUGGAAAUUCCAGACUUGAUACAGAAAGGUUUAGUGACACACAAGGACAAAAAUUCUGGAGCAGAUUCUUGAUUAUUCCUAGUA